UUAUGAAGCGAUCCGUUAGAAAUGGCGCACGAGGUUGUCGCCAAGCAUAUACAAAUAAGGUAAAAUAUGACCCGAAUAAGUAUAAACUAGAAAAAGAAAAAGUACCAGAGUGCAUCCUUAUUUCAAUGACAAAGCUUUGUUGUCGUCGGUGCUGUGAAAUAAUUCAGUGGAAAGCUGAUUACGGAAAGUAUAGACCCUUAGAACGUGCACGAAAGUGCAAUUUGUGCGGAAAGAAGUCUGUAGUACUAGCAUAUCACCAUAUUUGUCACGAAUGUGCAUGUUCCGAACGACUUUGUUCCAAGUGCCAAAGAAAUCCACAAGAUAAUAGUGUGUAUCAAGAUAAAAGAGACUUUCCUGAUGAUUCUGACUGCUCCUUUCAACAAGAGUUAUCCCUGGAUGAUGAUAACAAGUACUCUUUCUUGAAGGAGUCCGAGUAUGAGGAGCUGAAAUACUUAAAGGGACUUGAUGUCCGUUUAUUAGAGCAAGAUAUAAUUCGAAGGGAGUAUAAUAAAGAAGUAAAUGAGGCUAGGAAGUCAAAUGAAUACAAGAGAACAGUUCCCAAGAAUGAAUCUUGGCCCAAAACAAAUAAAGAAAGUAGCUGCAGCUCAAGUAAUGAUGAAUUUUUAUAAGAAUGCUAAUAUUCCUUUUACGAAUAAUUGAUAAAUCCUUCAAGUAAAUAUAUAAAAUGUGUUGAUUCUAUUAGUUUCUAAAA